GGCAUUGCAGAAAAUAUCUUCCACCACCGCUUCGCCGGAAAAUUCGCUGUCAACGCGCAUUCUCUCCUCCCCUCUCUCUCCGCUUAAGAUACUAACAAUUCGAUUCGUUUGAUUUCAGCAUUGCGAAUUCAAAAUUACCAGAUUUGAAGGAGGAGAGAGAAAGCGGAUCUCCACUCGCUUAUCUGAUUCCAGAUCUCGUUUUAUACAAUCUCACCACAGAGGCGGCGCAUCGAUCGGCCAUGGCCGCCGCCGGCGACGACGAUAAGAAGUACAUCACCUCCGACGAGCUCAGCAAGCACAACAAAUCCGGCGAUCUGUGGCUCUCAAUCCAGGGAAAAGUCUACAACGUCACCGAUUGGGCGAAGCGCCACCCCGGCGGCGAGGUUCCUCUCCUCAAUCUCGCCGGCCAGGACGUCACCGACGCAUUCAUCGCCUUCCACCCUGGCUCCGCCUGGAAGCACCUGGACAGUCUCUUCACCGGCUACCACCUCCGCGACUUCCACGUCUCGGAAAUGUCUCGCGAUUACCGCACCCUCGCGACGCAGUUCGCCAGAUCCGGAAUGUUCGAGAAGAAAGGCCACGGCGUGAUCUACAGCCUCUGCUUCGUCUCCUUCCUCCUCGCCGCCUGCUUCUACGGCGUCCUCGGCUGCGACGGUUUCCUCACCCACAUUCUCUCCGGAUGCCUCCUCGGAUUAAUCUGGAUGCAGGUCGCCUACCUAGGGCACGAUUCCGGCCACUACAACAUCAUGAUUAGCCCUAGAUUCAACAAAUUGGCGCAGAUCCUCACCGGAAACUGCCUCACCGGCAUCAGCAUUGCGUGGUGGAAGUGGACGCACAACGCGCACCACAUCGCCUGCAACAGCCUCGAUUACGACCCCGAUCUCCAGCACCUCCCGAUGCUCGCCGUCUCCAACCGCUUCUUCACCAACCUCACCUCCAAAUUCUACAACAGGAAGCUCGAAUUCGAUCCAAUCGCGCGAUUCUUCAUCAGCUACCAACACCUCACAUACUACCCCGUGAUGUGCGUCGCCAGAGUCAAUCUCUACCUCCAAACAUUCCUCCUCCUCCUCUCCAGCCGCAGAGUCCCCGACAGAGGCCUCAACAUUUUAGGAAUCAUGGUGUUCUGGACAUGGUUCCCUCUCCUCGUCUCAUUUUUACCCAAUUGGACCGAGAGAGUCCUCUUCGUGCUAGCCAGCUUCUGCGUCUGCUCAAUCCAACACAUCCAAUUCACCCUCAACCACUUCGCCGCCGACGUCUACGUAGGCCCGCCCAAGGGGAACAACUGGUUCGAGAAACAAACCGCCGGAACAAUCGACAUUGACUGCCCUUCUUACAUGGAUUGGUUCUUCGGCGGGCUCCAAUUUCAGCUGGAGCAUCACCUCUUCCCGAGGCUGCCGAGGUGCCAUUUGAGGAAGGUUUCCCCUAUUAUCAGAGACCUCUGCAAGAAGCACAACUUGCCAUACCGGAGCUUGACGUUUGUGGAGGCGAACAAGUGGACGCUGCGGACGCUCAGGGCCGCCGCGAUCGAGGCCCGAGACUUCUCCAUGGUGCCGAGAAACUUGCUGUGGGAAGCUGUCAACACCCAUGGAUGAAAUGAGAGUAAUUCAUUUCUCACUCUCACACUCUUCCUUAAUUUUGUUUUUCUAUUCUUUAUUCUGUUUUGAAAUUAUUUGAUCAACUCUUUGGAACAGCUUGUGAUAACCUUAUGUGUUUGAAGUUGUUCAUUGGCGUAUUUAUACUUAUCUAUUAUGUUGGGAGCAACUGCUGUCACUAUUCAUAUUUAUUACAGUAACUGUUUUGUUGGUGAA